CCUCUCUGAUUGGAUGGCGCGAGGUCCCACCGCGGCGCCGCUCACCUUAAAGCGAGAGUGAGGCGCCAGGGCGCGGGAGCCCGCCUCCGGGCCGCAGCGCGGAGCGGGGGGCGGGGCAGGGGCGGGCCGGAGCGGCCCGGCGCGCGGAGGCUCGGGGACCCACAGACAGCCGGACGGGCGCGUGCGGCCGGGAGCAGCGAAGCCGCAGCGGCCAUGGCCGAGCUCCGGUCGCUGUCGGGGGACGCGUACCUGGCGCUGAGCCAAGGCUACGCGGCUGCAGCGGCAGGCCUGGCCCUCGGGGCGGCCCGGGGGCCGGAGGCGGCGCGCGGCUACGGCGCGCCAGACCUGGAGGGCGACCUCCCCGCGGCGCCCCGCACCGCGGCCGCUGCUGCCGAGAGCAGCGGCGAGCAGAGCGGCGACGAGGAUGACGCCUUCGAGCAGCGGCGGCGGCGGCGGCCCGGGCCGGGGGGCGCGGCGGACGCGCGGCGGCGGCCCCGGGAGCAGCGCUCGCUGCGGCUCAGCAUCAACGCGCGCGAGCGGCGGCGCAUGCACGACCUGAACGACGCGCUGGACGGGCUGCGCGCCGUCAUCCCCUACGCGCACAGCCCGUCGGUGCGCAAGCUCUCCAAGAUCGCCACGCUGCUACUGGCCAAGAACUACAUCCUCAUGCAGGCGCAGGCCCUGGACGAGAUGCGGCGCCUCCUGGCCUACCUCAACCCGGGCCAGGGCCUGGCCGCGCCCGUGGCCGCCGCGCCGCUCACGCCCUUCGGCCAGGCCGCCGUGUGCCCCUUCUCCGGGGCGCCCUCGGCGCUGUGCGAACGCUGUGACAAGAAGCCCUAGGAUCCCCGCGCCGCCCCCUCCUUCGGCGCGCGUCCUGGAUUGCACGUCGCCCGCGAUGACUGUGUCGCCCGGACCUCGCUCCCAGCCCGUGCGCGCUGAACGACUUGGGGCCGCGGGAGACGCGCCGCACGUCCGGACCCAGGACCGAGCUCCCAGUGCGGCGCUGGGAGCCUCGCCCGCGAGUCGGAAGCGUCCGCUCGGCACCUUCCCAACGCCCCCAGCCAUGGAGUGGGGGGACGGGUAGUGAUGACCAACAGAGCUUUCGGGGUGGUGCUGCAAAAGGAGAACGGGGUUCCAGCGGGAGGGGGGACUGCCGGGACGCGCGGCGGAUGGUCCCGCGGCAACAGCCGGAGCUCCGCCCCCGGCUCGCGGAGCGCAGACACAGAUCGUAGCCUGCUUAGCGGGUCCUGGCCCUCGCGUGGGGGCCGUCCUCGUCUCCGUCUGCCGCCCUUACCAAGCUGUGGGGCUGCGCUCUGGCUGGGCGGGAUCCCGAAGACGCGCAGCGCCGGGCACCGCCAGCGUCUGCCGGCACCUCGGCCCUGCGCCGCCUGAACCGACGCGCCCUCAGCGGCCGCCGUCUGCCAGGGAGCCAAGGAGAGGCGGGUGCUGGCUUUUCGGCUCUCCCGAGUCCAAGUGCGUUUCUUGUCUUGCCUAACCAACCUCUAGAGGGGAGUGGACGCCAACGCCCGCUGCCCCCAAACCUGGGGAUUUGUGCGCCGAACGGCCCGUGGACUCCCCAGGGGAGGCCCCGGGGGAGUUAAACGGCGACCGCCAAGCGCCCUCUGCUUCAAGGCGGCUGCAUGGAGCAGGAGUCCGCCCCUCCUGCGCCCACACUUGGCCGUGGGGCGU